AUGAAGGAAAAUCAACCCACUUAUUUUUCCCUUCAGCUGAGCAUUCGAAGUAGCCUCAUGUCAUUAUUGGUCAUACGUGGCGACCCUCGAAGAACAUUCACGCGUCGCUAUAAGGACUUACGAGAGUCAGCUGCGCAAGGUGGUCAUUUUUAA